UACUGAUCUACUUAUACAAACCCAUUUCUCUAUCUCAAGAAGCCUAAUUGAAAACUUGAUCGGUUUAUUUCACCAAAUAUAUUCUCUGGCUUCUCUAACUUGCUGCUUAGUUCUCUUCCAAUUUUUUCUUCUGUAAUCAUGGCUAUGAUCUCAAAUAACCUCGGGGAUGUCUCUUUCUCUUGGUUCUUGAACCGCACCGACGAGGCUUUUGUGCGUAAUGUAGUCACAGAAUCCAGUAGAAUCACUAAGAGUAACAAUGAAGAAGAUGGAGAGAUUGGAGUAUUUAGUGCUGACAAGUACUUCAAUGGAGUUUCAGGAAAUGAAGAGAGUACUAAUAAUGCAAGCAAGUACAAAAAAGAGCAGCAAGUAGUCUUGACAAAACCAAAACUGUUUACACCUCCAAGUGUUGCUUCUGAAUCAUCAUCCAGUUGGCACAGCCAGACUGCGUUGCUGCCGCUGAGUAGCACCACCGUCGUUAAGAAUCUGCCGAGGAGAAAACCAAACAAGGACCAACAAGGAAAUAAGGGUGGUGGCGGUUUUCUUGCCAGUCUUGGCUGCAAAUGCUAUUGUUCUGAUAAGACUUCUGUUGAUGUCGUCGAGGACGAGGACGACAACAUAACUGAAGUUAGUUUGAACAAAGGUCUUAAUAAUCAUGUAGAGUUCUCAAAAUCUCGAUUCGAUCAAGUUGCAGGGAAGGAAGAAGUACUCCCCCGUCAGUCGCUGGAGGUGUUUGGGUCACCGGUGAUGGACAAGAGGGGCAGGUCAUUAAGCCUUGAGAGGAGGCUCACAAUGUUGUCAUCAUCAGCAUCAUCUUGUACUCCUAGAAUCGAGACAAUCAUCGAUGAAUACGAUAAGAACAACAACGAUGAUGGUGGUGAUAAUUAUAGCGACGCGAGUUCAGAUUUGUUCGAGAUAGAGAGCCUAACAGGGAAAGUGAAGCCAAUAUUCCUUACAAGGCAACUAUCAUCAGCAGAAUCAAUUACAUCUGGUUGUGGCACUCCAACUACUUGUUAUGCACCAAGCGAGGCUAGUGUUGAAUGGAGUGUGGUUACUGCCAGUGCUGCUGAUUUCUCAUCCGCGGCGUCGGAUUACGAAGAUUUAAAGGCACCCACCACCAAGACCAACAUCAAGCCAAUUAGUCCGAUCAAAGGUAGACGAUCCGGUAAUAUUCUGCUGGGUUGUAAGAAUCAGAAGGCGGUUCAAGUUGCAGAAGAUGCAUAUAUGAUGAGAACAUAUCAUCAUAACAACGUUGAGCCAAGAAUGAUGACAAGGUUUCAAGCUGAGACUAAACUCACUGGUCGCAAAACUCAUAUUUUGUACCAAUUCUAGAAUAAGUGUGUUGAAUGGUUUAAUUUGGUAGUACUAUUAGUAGUUGUUUCUUCUGCCUAGGUAUGGAGUCAAGAAUUACAUCUUGUCUUCUGCAUAGAUAUGUAGUUGUUUAUUCUGCCUAUAUAAUUCAAGA